AUGAAAAAGAUUCAUUCAAAAAUAGAGUCACAGUCAGAAAAAAUUGCACUGAAUUUAUUUGGAUUUUGUUUGAAUACACUUGGCAAGUCAACAACAGACAUAGAAAAAGCUCUAAAGGAUAUCUCGAACUACAAUGAUGUCAGUAAUGGUCAAAUCUCGUUUUACCAAGAAAGAAAGGACAUAAUUGAAAAACAUUUGAACAAAUUUGAAUCAAUUUGGGGAAAUAUUGGAGAAUCUCUUUUGAAACAAUUUCAAAUAUCAAUUUCAAAAGGAUCCAUUGCUUAUAAUAUUAGAGGACUGUUUCACAAAUAUGGAUUCAACAUCAUAUCACCUUCUAGACUAAGAGGAAAGAAGCAUGUGUGUUGUGGUGUGAGUGCAAAUUUGGUGUUUGAUAUUUCUAAUAUGAGAAAGGAAAGUUUACAACAAAUACCUACUCCAAAAACAAUGGUGAAGGACAAUGGGAAGAUAUUGGGUGCAGAACUUGACAUGUUGGAGCAUUUUAAUUACAUUUUAAAACAUUGCAUUAUGCAAGGUUGUUUCACCAACGAAGCCUUGGAACAAGCAAAAAAGGAGCCUUUGGAAUGUUGUGCUUCUUGGUGGGGUGAUUCUACUGGAAACAUGGGGCACAAUAGUUCAAUGUUUUGUGGCAGUAUUGGAUUAUUACAUAACAAAAGCUCUUUCUUCAAACAAGAUACGAAAUCACAACAGAUCGUAAAUCAACGACAUAUUUCUCUAAUGGGAUACUUCAAAGACUCAAGCAAACACUUUGUUGAUGUUUUGAAAAAAGUUGGAGAAAGCUUUUUUAAGCUUGGUACGAACAUGUUAACAGUACAACAUAAUGGAGAAAAUUAUUUCUUUAAUGUAAAGAUCACAAAGAUCAAAGGAGACGCUCCAUUCUUGCAAAAAGUUCUGAAUAACAAGCAGGGAGGAUAUCAAGCAUGUUUUCUCUGUGAUGACCAUAAGGAACAUUGGUCCACCUCUCACUUCUUGCAUGGAAUGGCUAAAACAUUGUGGGGAGUAUGCAACAAUCUUAAACAAGCUGGAAUUGUAGGAUUUCCUCAUAUAAUGAAAGCUUUUGAAAAGAAUUGGUAA